GCUAUUUAGCGAACUCGCCCAUCUCUAUCACACACGUAGUGGCAAAAACCCAGAUGAAACGCAAAUUGUGUUAAAUCAAUAAAGAAAUAACAGAAUUCCUAAGGCUGUGGCUGAAUUUUGUGCUGUGCGUGUGUGACAGCGGUGAUAGCGACACGGAAUCCCCGAUUUCAGAAACCUUCAACUUGGGUCAACCACCGCCGCCGGAAAUCAUGGAGAGCAGGGAGGCCAAUGAGGUGUACGAUGACAUGAACCUGUACAUCACGCCUGAGAGCUUCAUCGUGGAGCCGACCGGAGUGCAGGAGGUGCUCGUAAUCGGGCGCCACGAUAAGGUCACCAGAGUUCAGCCAGUGGGCGGUCAGUUGGCCAACCUACGACCUACAAGGCGGAUUUGUGGGAUCCUGGGCACCAUACACUUGCUGAGCUGCGAUUACCUCAUGGUCGCCACCCACCGGCUCUUCGUUGGCGUCCUCGAUGGCUCGAUUGUGUGGAGAUUAGCCGGCUAUGACAUCAUACCCUACAUUCCCAAUGCCAUCCAGCGCAAGGAGAACGAGACAUACUUGCAAUUACUCCGCCAGACACUGGACACCAAGUACUUUUACUUCUCCUACCGCUACGACCUCACCAAUUCGCUCCAAAGGCAGCGGGAAGUAGCCCAAUCUCGGCCAGUACAACCUGGCUUACUGCAGCGGGCUGACCAGAGAUUUGUUUGGAAUGGCUUUGUUCUAAGGCAGUUCAACUGUGACAAGAUGGAGAAGUUUCAAUUGCCACUGGUCCUUGGCUUUGUAUCCAUCAACCAGGUCCAGAUAAACGGUCAGACCUUCUUUUGGACCAUCGUCACUAGGCGAUCUGUGGAGCGUGCGGGCACUCGACUCUUCUGCAGAGGCAGCGACGAGCAGGGGCAUGUGGCCAACUUUGUGGAGACCGAGCAAAUAGUGGAGUUCAACGGACAACUGACGGGAUUCGUGCAGACGCGCGGCAGCAUGCCCUUCCUGUGGCACCAGCAGCCCAACCUGCGGUAUAAACCGCGACCCGUUCUGAUCCCGGGAAAGGAUCACCUGGCUGCCUGUACACAGCACUUCAACGAUCAAAUCCAGCUGUACGGCAAUAAUGUGGCUGUGAAUCUGGUGGAUCACAAAGGUCGCGAAGGUGAACUGGAAGCGACUUAUGCUCGUCUGAUUCGCGAAAUGGGAAAUCCACGAGUGCGCUAUGAAUAUUUUGACUUCCAUUGUGAGUGCCGGAAGAUGCGCUGGGACCGGCUCAACAUACUCAUCGAUCGCUUGGCCCUCGAGCAGGAUCAGUUCGGUUUCUAUCAUGUCUUUGACGAUGGCAAGCUGGUUUCCACGCAGACUGGCGUCUUCCGAACGAAUUGCAUUGAUUGUCUGGACCGCACAAAUGUGGUGCAGAGCAUGCUGGCCCGAAGAUCCCUUACGACGGUGCUCCAGCAGCUGGGAGUCCUGCAUGUGGGCCAGCGAGUGGAGCAGGCCUCCGCCCUCUUCGAGACGCGAUUCAAGGGCGUUUGGGCGGACAAUGCGGAUUUGGUGUCGCUGCAAUAUUCGGGAACGUGUGCCCUCAAGACGGACUUCACCCGGACGGGCAAGAGGACCAAGGCUGGAGCACUGCAGGAUGGCAAGAACUCGCUGAUACGAUACUAUUUGAACAAUUUUUCCGAUGGCCAGCGGCAGGAUGGUAUUGAUCUGUUCCUUGGCAAGUAUCUGAUUAACGACAACGAGGGUGGCGCCGUUCCAUCACCACUGGAAUCGAAGCAUGGCUGGCGAUUCUUCACUUUCCCUUCGGUCCUGCUGAUGGCCGUGGCCAUGUUCAUGAUCACGAUGACCUAUCCGGCCGAGUUCAAUACGGAGAAUCUGCUAUUCAUGCUUUUCUGGGGCGCAAUGAUCGCCGUCAGUGCCACCGGAAUUCUGCACUACGGCAUCGAGUUCGUGCAGUGGCCGCGGCUUCUUCCGCCGAACUCCUUUCGAGAGCCAUGACGUUAGUGUCGUCUAGCAGAGCCACUGGCAACUACUCUGCAGCAUAAACAGUCACAUUGCUCCAAGAAAAUAUAUUGUAAACCAAUUCCUGUAAUCGAUUUGAAAUUCUUUCAAUUUCUGGCCCCCGCUUUCUGUUUGUUUUAUUAUAGUUUUGUUUAGUUUUAAAACCUCCAAAUCCAUUCCUAUCUAGAACAUGUUAGUUACUGUAACACAGAAAUUAUUGUGUUUUCGGACGGGAGGGGAAGGAGUUGUCAAGGCGCCGCUUCUUAACUGCGAUUAAUUGCAAAGUAGAUCAAUCACUUUUGUAGAAACAUUUUAUGACAUUAAAUAAAGUAUUUUACGCAUUGCUAGAAAACCUCAA